CAUCUCAUUGUUGCCUUCUUGGUGGCUUAUAAUCCUCUAUACCCUGUCCCAUCUCUUGUGGAUGAAUGUUCUAUUGGCUUUUCUGGAGUUCUAUUCUCAAUGAUUGUCAUCGAGACAAGUCUGAGUGGAGUACAAUCUCGAAGGCGUUCCUGGGUAUCCCGUCGUGCGGCUGAUAAACCGAAUGCCCUUGAGUUGCAAUUGGUGCCAGAACCCGACUGGUUUAGCGGGGCAGCAUGGAUGCCGCUCGCAGGCGGCCACCUCCUGCUGCAGCUGCUGCUCGGGUACUGCCUGCAUGCACAUAGAGGACAGCAGCGGGAGGAAGCGUAUUAGAGGCUGGGAGGCCAUGUGCAGGCACACGACAAUGCUCUCCACCAAAAUGGAUAUACAUCUUGCCGAUCAGUUCUACAGUACUUAUAAGCUGUACCAGCGGAGAAGUACGUGGAGAUAGAGUAGGCAGGUGCAGCAUCUCAUGCUCCACUGCAGCUGAGCUCGUCCACGGGCCACGGUCUCGGAGCCAUUAUUCUGGUUGUGCCAAUGUUUGUAACGUUGGCGCCCCUGUCGUCAGCAUGACACUGCUCACGACCAUGGACUGGCCUCGUCCAGCUCCAGAAUCACCUUCACAAUGUCGUUGUGGAGGUGAUGACACCGCAGCAUUGAUCCGCCGACGCCCCCCACCGCCUCGCGACGGUGUUCAUAUGGACGGCCUCUACCAAAGCUUCCUUCUGCUGCUGUCCUCUGCGUGCAUGCUGGUGGCGCACGAACAACAGCUGCAGCGGGAGGGGGCCGGGGCUGCCCGCGAGCGGUACCGCGUCCAGGCUGCCCGACUGAACCGUGUCUUCGGUCUCUUCAACAUCCCUGCAAAAUGGUAUGCAUGGAUUUUGCUGAUACUGUUUCAGUUUCUCGCGAGUAAUGUUUCAUUGCUGGGGCACCUAUCUGGCAUCUUGUCUGGGUUUGCAUAUACUUAUGGACUGUUCAACUACUUGCUGCCGGGACCAUCAUUUUAUUCUUCUAUAGAAGGCUUGUCACUGCUAUCUAUUUGUGUUAGGCGUCCUGGCUUUAUUCUCUGUACUGGAGGGACUACAUAUGGCCAGCUUCCUACACAUUAUAACAUGUCCACCAGCACUGCACCAAGCUCUCUGAUAAAUGGAAAUUUGUUGAGAAAUAUUUCAUCAUGGAUACCAAGUAGACAAACAUCAACUACUGAAGCAUCCCCUACUCAGGAACAAGAAGAUCCCAGAUUUCCAGGGAGAGGACGUACACUUGCUUCUACAGGAACCGAACCAACUGCAAGGGAGGCAAGUGCAAAUUUGCAUGCUAGGUUGUUGGAUAACACAACUCCAAGUGACCCUCUAACGAAUUCACAGCUUACAGCAGCAAACACAGUCAGGGCUGAUGCCACCGUAACAACUGACCAGCCUGAUACAUUUGAUGAAGAGCUCAAGAAGCUGGUCGGAAUGGGAUUUGAGAAGACUCAGGCUGAAGUUGCUCUUGCUGCAGCUGAUGGAGAUACAAAUGUUGCUAUUGAGAUUCUCAUGAGUCAGCAGGAUUAGAGAUUAACACCAUACAAUGCUAUUCAAAGCAACCGCAGCUAUCGAGCAUGUACUUGUUAUGAAGGCUGAGUUCAGACUAGAUAGUGGAAUUUGAAAAUGAUGCCAAUGUGGUUGUUGAACAAGACUCCGUUGAUCAUGCUUGUGUUAAGGUGCAGAAGCUACCGUCUACUUGUAUCUCAAAUCUACUGACGCAGAAGUCUGAAGGCAUCAGCUGACUGAUUUCACCAGUCCGUCCACCGUAGCGUAUAGAUCUCUCUACCACCAGAUGUCAUGUAUUUUGUGUUUUGGUUUUGUUAGAGUAAACAAAUCUUGAUGGACAACAAUCCGAUAUGGGCAUCUAGCCAUAUUUUACUAGUGCUGCACUAAGAUUGCUUGCAGAAAAACAAACAGAACAUAGCGAACAGAAAAAACUGUCACCCUUGGGCAUUGUUUGCUUCCGAUUAACAUUCUUAACAGAGAAAAUGUAGCACUGCAAUGUUAAAUAAAGUUCCCAAUUUUUUUUCCGAA